ACUAAUCCUUGCGGGACACAGGGACAGCGUCGUCAUUUAGCACAGAUUUGGGCUAGUCAGAUAGCCAUGACCCUGGACGAAUAUCAACUCACUUUAUUACGCUUAACUGAUUUUGAAAGGUCACUCUGAGCAUUUUAGCUGUGUUUGUGUUUGUGGCGUAGUGUUAACUAUACCGUACCUCAUGAUUGUUUUCGACUCAGAAGUGUCUCUACCAAGUAAAGUGUACUGACUGAGCCAUCACUUUCAAAGUGCUGGUGAUAUCUGUUGACCUGCGUCAGGCCCCUCAAUAAAGCCCCAGAGGUCAUCCUCACCACAGACAGCUAUCAUGUCAGGGCGGUACACCCCUGCCCCAGGGGGGCCCUUCUCUGCUCUCACCCCCAGCAUGUGGCCACAGGACAUUCUGGCCAAGUACCACCAGAAGGACCCUGCAGAGGAGUUAGAGCUUCAGUAUGAUGAGUUUGGCUUCAGGAUCGACAGCGAAGACGGCAUGGAGGCCCAUGAGUGGAUGAAUAGGGACGAGGACCCGCAACAGAGGCUGCGCUGGCAGGCCUACCUGGAGUUCACCCACAACCACACGGUGGGGGACCUGACCUGGGACCUCAUCUCGGCCUGCUUGCCCCGCUCCGACCGCCUGCGCUCCCUCGUCCUGGCCGGCAUCCCCCACACCAUGAGGCCGCAGCUGUGGAUGCGGUUAUCGGGAGCUCUGCAAAAGAAGCGGACGUCAGAGAUGUCCUACAAGGAGAUCGUCAAGAACAGCUCCACCGACGACACCACAGCAGCCAAACAGAUUGAGAAGGACCUGCUGCGGACGAUGCCCACCAACGCGUGCUUCAGCAGCCUGACGAGCGUGGGCGUGCCCAAGCUGAGGCGGGUGCUGCGAGCGCUGGCGUGGCUCUACCCUGACAUCGGUUACUGCCAGGGCACUGGCAUGGUGGUGUCGUGCCUGCUGCUGUUCCACGAGGAAGAGGAUGCGUUGUGGAUGAUGUGUGCCCUGAUCGAGGACCUGCUGCCCCCCUCCUACUUCUCCUCCACGCUGCUGGGCGUGCAGACGGACCAACGUGUCCUGCGCCAGCUCAUCGUGCAGUACCUGCCCCGACUCGACCGCCUGCUGCAGGAGCACGACAUCGAGUUGUCCCUGAUCACGCUGCACUGGUUCCUGACGUCCUUUGCCAGUGUGGUGGACAUCCGCAUCCUGCUGCGCAUCUGGGACCUGCUGUUCUACGAGGGCUCCGUCGUGCUCUUCCAGGUCACACUGGGCAUGCUCAAGAUCAAGGAGGAGGAGCUGGUGUCGUCGGAGAACUCGGCGUCCAUCUUCAACACGCUGUCGGACCUGCCCAGCCAGCUGGAGGACGGGGCGGCGGUGCUGGGCGAGGCAGUGCGGCUGGCCGGCUCGCUGUCCCAGGACAACCUGGACGCCCAGCGCCACAAGCACCAGGCCUACAUCCUGGCCGAGCAGGCGCAGCUCAACGGCAACAGCCACCACCUCCACUCCCACGCCAACCUCAACGCACACCUCAAUAAGGUGGUACGCAGACAGACCCUGCGCAGGAAGUCCACACUGAGCACGCUCCUGUGGGGCGAGGACGACGCGGAGACGCUGAAGGCUAAAAACAUCAAGCAGACGGAGCUGGUGGCGGCACUCAGGGAAGCCAUCACGCGCACCGCAGAACACUUCCACUGCCUGGACCCCCGCAAUGGCAGCAUGGACCUGACUCCAGAUUACUCCAUGGAGAGCCACCAGAGGGACCACGAGACCUUCCUGGUGGUGUCUCGUAACCGGCGGCGACGAGCCAAAGCCUUGCUGGACUUCGAGAGGCAUGACGACGAUGAGCUGGGCUUCCGCAAAAACGACAUAAUCACGAUCGUGUCCCAGAAGGACGAGCACUGUUGGGUGGGAGAGCUAAAUGGAUUGAGAGGUUGGUUUCCUGCUAAGUUUGUGGAGAUCCUCGAUGAGCGGAGUAAAGAGUACUCCAUGGCGGGCGAUGACUCUGUGACGGAGGCCAUAACGGACCUGGUGAGGGGCACGCUGUGUCCUGCGCUGAAGGACAUCUUCCAGCACGGCCUGAAGAAGCAGUCCAUACUGGGAGGACCCUGCCACCCCUGGCUCUUCAUAGAGGAGGCUGCCAGUAGAGAAGUGGAGAGAGACUUCAACUCUGUCUACUCCCGACUGGUGCUCUGUAAGACCUACAGGCUAGAUGAAGAUGGGAAGGUGCUGACCCCAGAGGAGCUCCUCUACAGAGCAGUGCAGUCAGUAAAUAUGAGUCACGACUCUGCACAUGCACAGAUGGACGUCAAGUUCCGCUCGCUAAUCUGCGUGGGCCUCAAUGAGCAGGUGCUUCACCUAUGGCUGGAGGUGUUGUGCUCCAGCAUCGCGGCGGUGGAGAAGUGGUACCAGCCCUGGUCCUUCCUGCGCAGCCCAGGCUGGGUGCAGAUCAAGUGCGAACUCAGGGUUCUCUCCAAGUUUGCCUUCAGUCUCUCGCAAGACUGUGAGCUGCCAGCAAAGAAAGAGGAGAAGGAACAGAAACCACUGAAGGAGGGAGUUCAGGACAUGCUGGUGAAGCAUCAUCUCUUCAGCUGGGACAUUGAUGGCUAACGCAUGGCACAGAUGACACUCACUCACUCACACAUCCAAACACUGGCCAAAGCAUCCCCACAUUCACUCCUACUCCAGACCAGCGUUGUUGAACCACGCACCUUUAUUCUUCACACAUGGAGCAACACCUGCAGAACCACAUGGCACACAGCACAGCAUGCCAGGUCUUCUUCUUACAACACUUUAAGUAAGGACACAUACAGUAGUAGGUCACAAUGAUCUUCCAGUCACAUUUUGUUAUGCCAAAAACAACUGAAUUGUCUCUUAAAUGCCUUACUCUGUGUAAAAAAGUUGGUCCUUCCAAGGAUGAAGAUGGGAACACAGACUUUUAAGUUGUGAAGAGACCAGUGCUAUACAGUGAAUGCGUUUAUAUGCAGUGAAGUAUCCCGAAUUUGAGGCUUAUGCCGGUUAUGAUCAUAUUGGAGAUGAGGUGUUUAUGUGAGCACAGAGCGUUAUAUCCCAGUCUACAUUCUUGGCCGUUAUAGAAUUCUCCUCAAAUGCAUGUAGCCUGGAUACCAGCGACAGCGUUCUAUGGGAAGCCCCUGUAUUCGGGAUAAGGUGUUUAGCGUCAGUAUCCUGGCUGCUGUCGGAAUAUUCCACGUAGCAUAUCCCGAUUUCUCAGUAUCCUGAAUAAGGGCUUAUGCGGGAUACUGAAGUCGGGAAAAGGUGUUUAUAUGCUCAAACGCAAAUUCGGGAUACUUAAUAUCCCGCUCAUAUUCGGGAUACUGGGCAGCAUGUAAACGCACUCAGCGCAGUACAUUCUCCAGAUGGUAAAGAAGUCCAGGAUCAUACUCAAACCCACCUCUGUUACAUACAGUAGUCAAUUGCAUCAUUGGCCAUGUGUAGAGCUGGGUGUAGCUGAGUGAUGCACAUCACAGGCAGGGGUUCAAACAGGGCACUGACCUCAAUCACCUCUUUUUAAACUACUGGUGGUGUAUUACCAAAUACACAGCAGGGGGGAAUGUGGGUUCCAUCAACUAAAGACCGUCCCUGCCCAACACCCUUUAUUACUCUUUGCUGAUGAUCCCAAACCUGCAACGGACAGAAGUAUUACAGUAUAUGAAGGGUAGGUGUCUGUUUCUGUUCACGUCUAUCAAGUCCCGAGACCACUUUUAAGACCAAUUAAGAAAAACUAUAAAGAAUGCUUGAAAUAGGUCAAUGUAGAAGUCUUUUUAAGUUAGGUUAUCUUUCAUGAAGAAUGACUGACAAAAAAAAUGAAUUCAAUUGUUUAUUGUAAGUCCUUGUAUUACAGAUGAAAUAUCACUUGAUCUGGAGUCUUUCCUGGAGUUUUUCCUCUCGUCUGUCCUAAAUGGUUCCACACACUUUCCUCCUUACUUAAUCAUGUAUAAUAUUUGUACAUUUUUUGCAAAUGUAGUUUAAUGUAUCAAUAAUCUGAUUUAUCGAAGUGGCUUAUGAGAGCCAUUUUUUGCUCGUGGGCUUUCACCCAUCACCGAACAGGUGAUCUUUGCUGCUCUAUUAAGACUCCGGGUCAACCAUUGUGUUUGGUUGUUUUUCACUGUAUGUCUCCGAAUAGGCAAAUGCCAGUCCACAAGUAUCUUCUGUAUGUUUUUUUAGUCAAGUAUCAUCUGUUGUCUAGCUAUUCCACACUCUUAACACUACGGCAGCAUUCCAAUAUGUGACCUCACGUCCUCCACUUGGGCUUGUGGCCUCACGUUUUGCUGAUGCCCUGCCCCCGUGGAGAAAACAAUUAAGUUUUCCCGCUGUCAGCCUAGCCAAAACAUUUUUUGGGGGACCAUUCUUCAUUUACCAUCCUGUUUGAAAAUGAGAAAAGGACUUUACAAUUGAGCUUUUGCAAGAUAUUGUAAUAUAAUGCUGUUGUCAGUGAUGUCAUCACGACGCAUUACUUCCUGGUACAAGGCCACAAGCACAAGUGGAGGGCGCAAGGUUCCUCAUUGGAAUGCACACUACUUCUCCUGAUAUAGACCCAGUAGGCAAUUCUGGGUCCACCCAUGAAACUGCUUGUUGUCCCCCUCGUUUGAUCCCCCCGCUGUUUGUAGUGGCUAAUCAAUAUGCCGAAUGACUGGCGGUGAUGGGCACCGCACGCCCAGCAGGUGGAGCCACCAGAGGGGAAAACAUGCCGUUUUUAUGGGCGGGCCAGAGGUGCCGACUGACUCGGAAUGCGUUCCAAUAUGCGACCUUGCGUCCUCCACUUGUGCUUGUGGCCUCGCCCCGCCUCCUGGCCCCUCCUCCGUGGAGAAAACAAUUAAGUUUCCCAGCAGUCAGCCUAGCCACAACAACUUUUGGGGGACUGUUUUUCAUUCACCAUCCCAAUUGCAAAUGAGAAAAUGACUUCACGAUUGAGCUUUUGCAAGAUAUUGAAAAGUAAUGCUGUUGUCAGUGAUGUCAUCAUGAUGUAUCACUUCCUGGUAUGAGGCCACAAGCACAAAUGGAGGAUGCAAGGUUGCAUAUUGGAACGCACCCAAUAUCUGGUGCUUGAUGGCCAGCCCCAUUGUGAGAUGGGCCAGGUUUUUUGUUUUUUUUCCCCUUUCCCCGCUACAGUUGGUGUAAUCAAUGUUGGAUUCCUGCUGUAACGGUUGAUCUGGACCACGAGAGGGCCACAGGGUUCUCGAUCGUACCCUACUUAGAUGUAGGUCUACAGUAAUUAAAAUCUACACAAUAAAAAUAAAAGUAAAGA